CAUCACCAUCACCAUGAUCUUGUUCUGCUAUUCCUCUUACCUAUUUUAACUGCUGAGAUUUUUAUUGGGAAUCAUUCUUCUUCAUGGUCCCUUUGCAGUUCCUGUCUUCAUUUUCUGCGCUCUGCUUCUCAUCACCACCAGUUGCUGGGUUUGAAUUAAGUGCUUCGUGCAGGCAGUGAAAUGCUUGGUGCCUGAGGGAUUUGUUCAGAUUCAUUGAGAUCUAUCAGACAGAUUCAUCAUAUCCAGCAUAUUUUUCCAAACUAAGCUCCAGUUAUGAAUUUUCAGCAAGAGAAGUUUGUGAGGUUUCGGGAUUGGAAUUCAGACAAGGGUUCUGAAAGUCAAUAUUCUGAAAAUACCAUAACGUACCCUGGGAGAAUAAGAAGUACGCUAAAUUCGAUUUCAGCUAAGUUUAAUAGAGGCCUUGAAUCUGGUUCUGAGGGUAUAAAGAGAUUUAGAAAAUCAUUCAAAUCUUUCCCCUCUGACAAUCAUUUGUCCCGGAGUUUCUGUUCUAGAAAGAAAAUCCUUGAUCCACAAGGCCCAUUCCUUCAGAAGUGGAACAAGAUAUUUGUAUUAUCGUGUAUUAUUGCUGUAUCACUAGAUCCUUUAUUCUUUUAUGUCCCUGUCAUUGAUGAUGAGAAGAAAUGCCUUUCAUUGGACUACAGGAUGGAGAUUACAGCCACUAUUUUAAGAUCUUUCUCUGAUAUUUUUUACAUAGUCCACAUAAUUUUCCAAUUUCGUACUGGAUUUAUUGCACCAUCUUCUCGGGUAUUUGGAAGAGGUGUUUUGGUUGAAGAUGCUUGGGCAAUAGCAAAGAGGUAUCUGGCAUCAUACUUCUUUGUUGACAUUCUCGCUGUUCUUCCCCUCCCACAGGUGGUGAUUUUAAUCAUAAUUCCAAAGAUGGGAGGCUUUGAAUCCUUGAACACGAAGAACUUGCUGAAAUUUGUUGUUUUCUUCCAAUAUGUGCCAAGGGUUUUACGAGUUAUUCCAUUAUACAAAGAAGUGACAAGGACCUCUGGCAUCAUCACUGAAACUGCUUGGGCUGGAGCUGCGUUUAAUCUCUUUCUUUACAUGCUUGCGAGUCAUGUUGUAGGUGCCUUUUGGUACUUGUUUUCUAUAGAAAGAGAGACAACAUGCUGGCAAGAUGCCUGUCUAAGAAACACUCCUACCUGCAAGGAUGCAUAUUUGUAUUGUGAUAAAGGUAAAGUGUUGGGCAAUGUUGCAACAUUCUUGAAUACUUCUUGCCCAAUAGUGGAGAAUUCAGAGAAAUUCAAUUUUGGAAUAUUUCUUGAUGCGCUUGAGUCUGGUGUCGUGGAGUCAAGAGAUUUCCCUCAGAAGUUUUUUUACUGCUUUUGGUGGGGCCUCAGAAAUCUAAGUUCUCUUGGUCAGAACCUGGAAACAAGCACCUGUUUGGAGAUAUGCUUUGCAGUUUUCAUUUCCAUCUUUGGUCUGGUGUUGUUUUCAUUUCUCAUAGGAAACAUGCAGACAUAUCUGCAAUCAACAACUACAAGAUUAGAAGAGAUGAGAGUGAAAAGAAGAGAUGCAGAACAGUGGAUGUCUCAUCGACUACUCCCAGAUAGUUUAAGGGAGAGAAUCAGACGGUAUGAACAAUACAAAUGGCAAGAAACCAGAGGUGUUGACGAAGAUAAUUUGAUCAAUAAUCUUCCCAAAGACUUGAGAAGGGAUAUUAAACGACAUCUUUGCUUGGCUCUGCUGAUGAGAGUGCCAAUGUUUGAGAAAAUGGAUGAACAACUGAUGGACGCAAUGUGUGACCGUCUCAAGCCAGUACUUCACACUGAAGAAAGCUGCAUUGUUCGGGAAGGAGACCCUGUCAGUGAGAUGCUCUUCAUAAUGCGAGGCAAGCUAUUGACAGUGACUACUAAUGGCGGAAGAACAGGCUUCUUCAACUCCGAAUACCUCAAGGCCGGUGACUUCUGUGGAGAAGAGCUUCUCACAUGGGCUUUGGACCCACAUACGUCGUCCAAUCUUCCCAUCUCAACCAGGACUGUUCAAACCCUUUCAGAAGUUGAAGCCUUUGCUCUAAAAGCCGAUGACUUGAAGUUCGUGGCGUCACAGUUUCGACGUCUUCACAGCAAGCAGAUUCGCCAUACUUUCAGAUUCUACUCUCAACAAUGGCGUACAUGGGCAGCAUGUUUCAUACAAGCAGCGUGGCGCCGCUAUAGUAAGAAGAAGCUUGAAGAAUCUCUCCGGGAAGAGGAGAACAGGCUGCAAGAUGCUUUGGCCAGGGCAGGUGGUAGCUCUCCUAGUCUUGGUGCCACAAUAUAUGCUUCUAGAUUUGCUGCUAAUGCACUCAGAGCUUUACGCCGAAAUAGCUCUAGAAAGACAAGGGUACAGGAGAGAAUACCACCCAUGCUGCUUCAGAAGCCUGCUGAACCUGACUUUACUGCUGAAGAACAAUAGGAAGACGGUGUCAUGGUAAGAAAGCCAGUUUAUUGAAGUAUAAUAUAAAUGUAUAUUAUGAACUGUAUGUAUAUUACUUCUUAUUUUUCUUAAAUAUUGCCGAUAUAUGAAAUGGAAAUUGUGGAAUGAAGUUCUCCAACGACGCAUAUAAACCUAA